CAGAAACAUUAAACGUGUCAUGAUCGUGCACCUGUUCUCCAUCCCAGUGGACAUAAUGUGCAUGAUGUCAUCAGCGUGCGCCACUCCCUCUGAAAUGUCCUACUGUAUUACAGAAUACUAACCGCUUCAGGGAUCACAGUUUGUCUGUUAGCCAGCAGCAGUGAGGGAAGCUGCACAUGCAGGGCAGGCAGCCUGAGAGCUGACAGGGCCUGGCAGGGCUAUGCGCUUUAGGAGCUCGAUGGCUACCUCCAGGUCAGAGUUCCGACUCAUGCAGCCCCCUCCAUCCGCUUAAUUAGAUCAGAUGCUUGUGAACACCAGCACAGUCUCAGUCGGAACACUCUGGGUCUCCCUCCGCGGCCUGUUGGGGGGGGGGUGUUCCACGAAAGGCGUGUACCAAGUACCCCAGGUGGCCGGCGUCUACCAAGUACCCCAGGUGGCCGACGUCUACCAAGUACCCCAGGGGGCCGGCGUCUACCAAGUACCCCAGGUGGCCGGCGUCUACCAAGUACCCCAGGUGGCCGGCGUCUACCAAGUACCCCAGGUGGCCGGCGUCUACCAAGUACCCCAGGUGGCCGGCGUCUACCAAGUACCCCAGGUGGCCGGCGUCUACCAAGUACCCCAGGUGGCCGGCGUCUACCAAGUACCCCAGGUGGCCGGCGUCUACCAAGUGCCGCCGGGGGCCAGCUUCCACUCUACAUGCCAGGAGGCCUGAGGGCCUUGGGAGUUAAUGCUCGCUGUAUGUGGAAAGGGCCCCAGGGGCCCAGGGGGUCAGCAUGAGCUCUAUCUGCUGGGGCCCUCAUGGUUAAUUUGCCCCACUGGCCUGGUCCAUAACCCAGGCAAGGCUCCAGGGGGCGCUAUCUUUAGUUUUGUCUGUAUUCUAUAUAAAUAACAUCAAAUGUUAACCCUCAUGGUAUAAAUAUAAUUCAUACAAUGGGGACGGCAUCACACUGCUGUUUAGCCUUCUGCUCUGCCUUCAUGUACUUUGAUAUGCUGUGAAGCUCUUGAUGUAAACAGACUUAUUUACAGUCAGCUGUUAAGGAAAUUGUCUCAUCUAAAAUUUAGAUAUUAUAUGACACUUUUAGUAUGACCAUUAAAAACCUCCACAACUACACUUGGCUGAUGUUCCUUUUUACCUGUUUAUAUAUGUUUUUGUUUGUUUGUUUAGUUUUGUUAUGUGGCCAUUUUGUAUAGGAGGGAUGGUCUGUUGCUCGCCUCUAGUAUAAAAGA